AUGGGGAGUUUAGGAGUGAGGAAAGGUGCGUGGGCUGCGGAAGAAGAUCUCAUGCUGAGGAGGUGCGUGGAGGUUUAUGGGGAAGGCCACUGGCAUCUUGUUCCUCGCAGAGCAGGACUGAAUCGAUGUAGGAAAAGCUGUAGAUUAAGGUGGUUGAACUAUUUGAGACCGAAUAUUAAUAGAAAAGGUUUCUCAGCGGAUGAAGUGGAUCUCAUCAUCAAACUUCAUCAGCUUUUGGGCAACAGAUGGUCAUUAAUUGCUGGUAGGUUGCCUGGAAGAACAGCAAAUAGUGUAAAGAACUACUGGAACACCCACCUCCACAAAAAGAGAGUUUCAAGUCAUCAACAAGCAAAGGUGGAAGUUGUAACCCAGAAUACUGCAAAACCCAUCAGUGUCAUAAAGCCUCGCCCUUGGAACUUCAAAAAGAACUUUUCUAAGUUAAAUAAACCCUUAGUUGCAAAAGAUCCCAUUCCUCCAUCAAUGGCGGAAGACCACAACAACCCAUUUCUAAUUUCCCCACUAGAUGUACUGGACAAUUAUCAGAUCAAGUGUUGGGAAAGCCUUUUGUUUCCUCAGAAAGGUGAUGGAACUUUUGAGGAUUGUUGUUUUACAGGGUUUGCUGAGGAGAUUACUGCAAGCCUCUCGGCUAAGGAAAUUACAUUAGAUCAAACUAAGGAGUCAAAUAAUACUGUUGUGGAAGAGGACCAGAAUGGUUGGAACGAAUAUGAUUUUCAAAAUCUCUUAAACACCAAUGAAGAAAUGUUCAUCUAA